AACUUUAUCAAUCACAAUCAAAUGCAGAUGCAGCAUGAUAUCAACGAGUAAUUCAUUCACGGUAAAAAAUAAAAAAUGAGUAGUAGUAAAAAGAAACAGUAUCUCACACUGAUUCAUUUUUCCUUUUAUAUAAUUUCUCUUCUCCGCUCCUAUUUCAAUCAUUCAUUCAUUCAUUCUCAAUUUCCGAGUUCAUAAUCUUCUUCAGGUUUUUUGAAUAUGAAUAAUAAGUUGGUUGAAGAUUUAAUGGAGUGUUCAUCCGAGGUUCAUUUUUCUGGAUUUCAUAUGGAGGGAUUAGAGGAAAGAAAAGCUGGAACUGAAGAACCGACCACUUCCGCGAUUGACGAGUAUAAACAACCUUUUGUUAUAGGUGUUGCUGGGGGAUCGGCAUCUGGAAAGACAGCAGUAUGUGAUAUGAUUAUUCAACAGCUUCAUGAUCAGCGGGUUGUACUUGUUAAUCAGGAUUCUUUUUACCAUAACUUGACUGAGGAGGAACUUAAAAGAGUACAGGAAUACAACUUUGACCAUCCUGAAGCUUUUGAUACUGAGCGAUUGGUAUCUGUCCUGGACAAAUUGAAGCAUAGCCAAGCAGUAGAUAUUCCGAAGUAUGACUUUAAGGGUUACAAGAAUAAUGUGUUUCCCGCAAGAAGGGUAAACCCUGCAGAUGUUAUAAUUUUGGAAGGCAUCCUUGUUUUCCAUGAUCCACGUGUGAGGGCAUUGAUGAAUAUGAAGAUAUUUGUUGACACAGAUGCUGAUGUUCGUCUGGCAAGAAGGAUCAAGCGUGAUACUGCCGAUAAUGCUCGUAAUAUUGAAGCAGUGCUUGAUCAGUAUUCAAAAUUUGUGAAACCGGCUUUUGAUGACUUUAUCCUUCCUACAAAGAAGUAUGCUGAUAUCAUUAUACCCCGUGGAGGAGAUAAUCACGUGGCUAUUGAUUUGAUUGUGCAGCAUAUUCGCACAAAGCUUGGCCAGCAUGACCUCUGUAAAAUAUAUCCUAACUUAUAUGUCAUUCAGUCUACUUUUCAGAUACGGGGCAUGCACACCCUGAUACGCGAUUCUCAGACAAAGAAGCAUGACUUUGUAUUUUACGCUGACCGUUUGAUUCGUUUGGUCGUAGAACAUGGCCUAGGGCAUCUUCCAUUUACAGAAAAGCAAGUAAUCACUCCUACGGGGUCUGUAUACAGUGGUGUGGAUUUUUGUAAGAGGCUGUGUGGUGUCUCCAUUAUCAGGAGUGGGGAAAGCAUGGAGAAUGCUUUGCGAGCAUGCUGCAAAGGUAUCAAAAUUGGUAAAAUUCUUAUUCAUAGAGAAGGUGACAACGGUCAGCAGCUAAUAUAUGAGAAGUUGCCAAAUGAUAUCUCAGAUAGGCACGUGUUACUGCUGGAUCCUAUCUUAGGCACAGGUAAUUCUGCCGUCCAAGCAAUUUCUUUACUUUUAAAGAAGGGUGUACCAGAGUCCAACAUUAUAUUUCUCAACCUCAUAUCAGCACCUCAAGGUGUGCAUGUGGUCUGCAAAAGAUUUCCGAGGAUAAAAAUUGUGACAUCUGAGAUUGACAUUGGUUUGAAUGAAGAUUUCCGUGUCAUUCCUGGGAUGGGAGAGUUUGGGGAUCGGUACUUUGGAACAGAUGAUGAUGAUGAGCAAGUGGAGAGCCGUUCGAGGUAGUUAUUCUUGGGCAAAAUCCACACUAUCGUUUGGUUUAUCAUUAUUUAACGAGACUUAGUUGGAAAGAAAAAGAUUGGACUCUGCUGAAUUGGGACUGCUGGGAUUUGAGUGUUAGUUUUAAAUCAGUUUUGAUCGUAAUCCUUGUUUUUCUUCAUUUAACGACCCCAUAGUUGGAACCUUCCAAUGCAAAUUUUGUGUUAUAUUUUUUACUAUACAAACUUUUCUUUGAGGCUUUUGUUUUUUGACAAGGAUUUUUCUUUGAGCUUAUUCUUUCCCGAUACUGAUUUAUCAUGAUACAUGUUCAUGAAAUCUGAGAUUUAUACUAUAUUACAGAAAUGAAUACAUACAUAAUUUUAUUGGA